AUGCCACCCCCUGUCCAAGCCGCCUACAAGCGAAUCAAACCCCCCCAAGCUGGGGAGAACGGCUAUGUCCCACCGCAACCAGGGAAGACCGAGAUCCUGGAUGCAGGAUGGAACGGAUUCAACGCAAAACCUCUAACCAGUCCGAUCCUGAUCGAACACGACGUCGAGCUGGUGGUGCGCGAUGGCGCAAGACUCUACGCCGAUAUCUACCGGCCACCCUCGAGCAACGACAAUGUAAAAGUCCCUGCUAUAUUGAGCUGGUCUUUCUACGGCAAGAAGUACAGCGCCUUGGACAUGCUCCCAAUGUGUGUCUGGAACUGCUGCGUCCCGCGGUCGGAUCUAUCCGGGCUGGAGAAGUUCGAAGGCCUUGAUCCUGCCACAUGGUGUCCGCGAGGCUACGCUAUCGUCAGCGUUGACACAAGAGGCGCAGGCCACAGCGAUGGCCUGAUUGGGGUAAUGGGUGCCCAGGACGCAGAAGACGGGUACGACGUCGUCGAGGCACUGGCGAAAAUGCCCUGGUGUAACGGGGCGAUUGGGAUGGCGGGUAACUCAGCGCUCGCGAUUUCGCAGUGGUUUAUUGCCGCUCAACAACCUCCAUCUCUGAAGGCAAUUGCGCCUUGGGAAGGGUCUGCCGAUAUCUACCGUGAGCAGUUUUGCCGGGGCGGAUGGUUCAGCAUGAGCAACUUUGACCUCAUCACAAACGAGAUCGUUCGCGGCCCACCGAGUUCAGGAAUCGAAGAUUUUGAAGAGAUGUAUCGUCGGUCGAAUGUGUCAAGCCCGUUCUGGGAGGAUAAGAGGGCGGACCUGACUCGGGUCCAGUGUCCAGCCUAUAUCCGUGGUUCGGAUGUCAGCUCGAUCCACACCAUGGGGUCUAUACGGGGCUGGCUAGAGGUGCCGCAUGACAAGAAAUGGAUCCAGUGGGGGAGCAGGCAGGAGUGGUACGAGCUCUACAGCUGUCCGGAGUCCAUGGACGAGCUGGGCAGGUUCUUCGAUCGCUAUCUGAAAGGUAUCGAGAACGGUUGGGAACAGGCAACUCCGAGGGUGCGCUGGUCGGCCCUGCAGUUUGGGGAUCGCGAGGCGAUCGAUAAUAUCGUGCUCGAGGACUUCCCCAUGCCCAAGACGCAGUAUCGUGAGUUAUUCCUGUCGAAGAAUAAGUUGAAUGAGAGCCCCGGGUCAGACUACGAGAUUGUCUCUUACAACUCUGAAUCCUCGUCCGACUUUGCGGAAUUUUCAUUCACGUUCAUGCAGGAUUCUCGACUCAUUGGCCUCCCAAAGGCUAUCCUGUACAUGUCCUGUGAAGACCGCGACGACUUCACCGUCUUCGUGAUCAUCCGCAAGAAAGAUAAGAACGGCAAGCCGCUGAUGCACCUGAAUUUCCCCUUCCACGCUACCCCGGUGGCAUCGAUCGAGGAGAUUCCCCCAAAGGAGCAAGCGAGCCUCAACCUCCACCCCGGUUCUGUCGGGAUACUGCGCGCUUCCCAUCGCGCCUUUGAUCCCGAGAAAAGUAUUCACCCGCAGUUUCCGUUCCACCCCCAUACUAGACAGGAGAAGGUGAAGCCCGGGGAGAUCGUCAAGCUGGAGAUUGGUAUUUGGGCGAUGGGAGUGGACUUUGAGGCUGGUGAGACGGUCAGCAUCAGGGUAUCGGGCCAGUACCCGAGCAUCGCAGAGUAUAAGACGUGGUCGAGGCCACGACCUGAGCACGAGCUGAACCGCGGAAAACACUUUAUCCAUUGUGGUGGGGAGUGUCCGAGUUCUGUUAUUUUGCCAUUUAUAUAG